AAGGGAGAGAAACAAAAAGAAAAACUCAAAAACUCUUUGAUCAAAAAACAAAAAAAAACUCAAAAAACUCUACACGAAAUGGACGCGACGAUAGGAAAGGUUUUCGAUUCCGUCUCUACCUUCUUCUCCGGCGUAACCACCGGCUCCUCCGAUGAGUUCCCCUUGUGCGACACCGACAUCAUCUCGGGAUGCGAGAAAGAGCUUGCAGAGGCUCAGAAAGGCCAAGACGAAGGGUUUAAGAAGGAAUCCAUCAUGCGUCUAUCAUGGGCCCUUGUUCACUCCAAGGUGCCUGCGGAUAUUCAGCGUGGGAUAGCAAUGCUUGAAGGUUCGGUGGUUAGUGAUACAAGUCCAAUGACACUAAGGGAGAAGCUAUAUCUCCUUGCUAUUGGAUACUAUCGAAGCGGCGACUUUUCAAGAAGUCGGGAUUAUAUAGAACGGUGUUUGGAGGUUGAACCGGAGUGGAGACAGGCUCAGACGCUAAGAACGGCUAUAGAGGACCGUAUUGUGAAAGAUGGUGUUAUUGGCGUUGGAAUCGCUGUUACUGCUGUUGGGGUUGUUGCUGGUGUUGCUGCAGCCUUGUUACGCAGAGGCUGAGAAGGAAAGAACCCGUCGUACAUGUGCAUGUUUCCCUGAUCUUCAGUGAGUUUCUUUGUGAGCUUGGAAGAAUGUAUUUAUCAAAGGGCUUGGAAGAAUGUUUUAUUUAUUAUUAAAGGAAAACAAAUAAGUUGUAAAUCCAAUCUUAUUAUGAAUAUAGAGAAACAGCAUUACUGA